CCUCCCGCUCCCGGAGCUCCUGCCGAUGCCAGAGCGGGCUCCGGCCCCGCACAGCCCCCGCCGCAGCGAGGUCCCCCGAGACCCCGGCCGGCAGCGAGCCCCCCGGCCCGGCCCAGCCCCGGCUCUGCCCGCAGCCGCUCGCUCCGGGCCAGCUGCRGAGCCAGCGCACAGGACACGGACCCGCGGGGACAGCAGCAAAUGCUCCCGGCCACAGGGAGCCGUCCCCGCUGGGCUUCUCCCGGGCCGGAGGCGAGCUCUGCCCCUGCCCGGGGGCAGCGGGCCCGGCCGAGGUACCACUCGCCGGCCGGUCCCCACUGAUGUCACCUUGUCACCCGCGCUCGGAAACCACCAGGUCCCCAUGAGGUCGCUGCUGCUGCCGCUGCUGGCGCUGUGGGUGCCGCGGCUCCCGGGGACCCUGGCAGAGGGCAAGGGAUGCAACCACACAGCACAGGCAGGGCUGGAGAGCCGGGAUGCCCGCGGUGACAGAGUUCACCUCCUGAACGUCAGYGCGAGCGACCAUGGCCGGUCAGACUCCCUCCUCCUGUCCUGGGACGAGCCAGAGGGAGGUGCCAGGGGAUAUUUGCUGGCCCUCUCCUCCCUGGGGUCGGACACACUGCUGCAGAACGCCUCUGCUGGAGCCAACGUCACCAGCUUCUGGUUCCACGGGCUGACCCCUGGCACGCGCUACGAGGUCGAAGUGACAGCCAUGCUGGCCUGCAUGGACACUGCCCACCAGACGGUCACAGCACAGACAAGUCCAGCGCCCGUCCGCAACCUGAGCCUGAGCAGCGGCGGGAGCACRGCCUCGCUGCGGGCAGCCUGGGCACACGGGCACGGCCAGCGUGACCAGUACCACCUGGAGCUGUGGCACAGCGACUCCCAGAGCCUGGUGAGCAACGUGUCCCUCCCGCCCAGCGCCUCCACSUUCCUGUUCCACGGGCUGCUGGCCGGCAGCGAAUACGCCUUGAGGGUCAGCACACUGGCGGGGUCCAGCCAGGCCAGCACCAGUGUCCACCAGUGGACAGCUCCCUCCAUCCCCACCCAGCUGAGGCUCAGCCCAGUGUCCAGCACCAGCCUGGUCACCUCCUGGGCAGGGGCUGCAGGGGCCGCCUGGCUGCACCUGGAGCUCCGUAACCUGCUGACCCAGACGGUCACCACGAGCCUGUCAGCACGCAGGGGCCUCACCAGCUACACCUUUCAGCACCUCCACCCUGGCACCCGCUACUGGCUGGGGCUCAGCGCCACCGCUGGCUCCUACACCCUGCCAGGACCCAACGCCACUGCCUGGACAUACCCCCUGAGCCCUGGCAAUGUGACCCUGAGCAGGGCAGAGGAGCAGAACUCCUUGCAGGCUCGCUGGAGCGUCCCAGCGGGACAGAGGGACUUGUACCUGGUGACACUGCAGGAGGGAGGGGACGGCGUUCCCACCAGGAACAUCUCCGUGGGUGGGGACAAUGAUCACAUCACCUUCCACGGGCUGAGCCCUGGCCAGCAGUACUCUGUGCAGGUGGUGGCAGUGGCAGGGCCGCACCGGGCGUCAGCGCAGAGCCCAGCAGCCUGGACAGAACCACGAGCACCAUCUGGCGUGAGCCUGUCCAGCCAGGGCAGCCCCCACAGCCUGCUGGCCAGCUGGGAGGAGGCCAUGGGCGAGGGCUAUCUGCUGGCCCUCAGCCUCGCAGAGCACCCCGUGAAGAACAGCUCCUUGCCCAGGGGUGUCACCAGCUUCACCUAYGAGGGCCUCCACCCUGGGACCCUCUACACCUUUGAGGUCAGCACUGUGGCUGGGCCCUACACAUCCUCACCCCGCAGCAUCUCCAACUGGACAUACCCUUUGCCCCUGGAGCAGCUGACCCUCAGCAAUGGGGGUCAGAGCACCUCUCUSCAAGCCUCCUGGAGAGCAGCUUCCUCUGGCAGCACCGGCUACACUGGGACCCUCUGGGAAACCAAGUCCCGAGAGCUGGUCAGGAAUGUGACCCUGGGGAAUGACUGGACAAAUGUCACCUUGGAGAGCCUGGUCCCUGGGCGACAGUACACCCUGGAGAUGGCAGCUGUGGCUGGGCCUUACCGAUCCCCUGUGCAAUCAGCCACCGACUGGACAUACCCCCUGGCUCCGGCCGGCGUGACGCUGACCAACACCCGGCGCCCCAUGGGGCUYGCAGCCUUCUGGGACAAAGCUGCUGGCGAUGUGGACCAGUUCCACCUCCAGCUCUACAGCAAGAGCCAUGCAGCGCACAGGAACACCUCAGUGGGGCCAAACACCCACAACUUCACGUUCUUGGGGCUGUCCCCUGGCACUCAGUACUUCCUGAAGGUGACUGUCCUCGCUGGCCCCUACAGAUCCUCGUCACAUUUUGCCACCGAGUGGACGUAUCCGCUGUCCCUGGCUAACGUGAGCGUCCAGCCUGGCCGGACACCCCAGGAGCUGCACGUGAGCUGGGUGGAGUCYGGUGGUGGCAGAGACCAUUUGGUGCAGCUCUCGGUGGCCGAGUCUCUGUCCAUCAUCAGGAACGUGUCUGUGCCCCGGGGAGUGACCCAGCUGGACCUGGAGGGGCUGGUGCCGGGGUCRCGGUACCGCGUGGAGAUCAUUUCCCAGGCCGGGCCUCACCGCAUCUCCUCCCAGACCGCCAUUGGCUACACCGUCCCGCUGCCUCCUCGAUCCCUGUCUGCCCGCCCCACCGGCGUGGCCUGGGCUCUGACUGUGCGCUGGGACGCUGCUCCUGGGCAGAGGGAUGGGUACCUGCUCAGUGUGCUCGAGGAGGGCUCUUCUGCACCACCAAGGAGCCUGGCGGCAGGGAAGGACAGCACCAAUGUCACCRUGUCACAGCUGGAGCCAGGGACGUGCUACCUUGUUGGGAUCUGGGCGGUGGCCGGACCCUACCGCUCCCUGCCCCAGAACAUCACCAGCUGCACCGCUCCUGCUGCACCGACAAACCUGAGCCUCACCAACCCCGGCAGCUCCUCAGAGCUUCACACAUCCUGGAACAAGCCCCCAGGAGGGAGGGACCACUACCACGUCACUCUGUACAGCCUCAGCACCCAGAGCAGGAGCCAGGUGCAGACCUUGAGCCCAGAUGCCCUGAACAUGACCUGGACUGACCUGGAGGCAGGCAGCGAGUUUGCUGUGCAGGUCACUGCUGUGAAAGGCUCCUUCGAAGCCUCGUCCAUCAAGGUCACCCAGUGGACGUAUCCCUUGGCCCCUGUCAACCUCACCCUGGGCAGCCCCUCGCCCUCAGCUCUGGUGGUGUCCUGGGCACUGGAGGGUGGAGGGGCCGAAGGCUUCGUGGUGGACGUCCGUGACACUGCUUCGGGUUCUCCCGCCGGGCAGGUGGUACUGGGCAGCAACGCCAGGAGCCACAUCCUGAGGAGGCUGAGCCCCGGCAGCUGCUACAGCGUGGUGGUCAGCGCCACAGCCGGGCCCUUCCGCGCCAGCACCGCCAGCCUCACCCACUGCACACGCCCRCUGCCCCCAGUUGCUGUGCGCUGGCUGAGCACGGGGCACCCUGACAGGCUGAGCGUGGCCUGGGGGCCMGCAGCCGGGGGCACGGAUGGCUACACACUGACCCUGUACCACGCACGGCUGGGCACCGUGGCAGCCACAGCCUCGCUUGGGAGGGACAUCCACAACUUCACCUUCACGGGGCUGGCCCCAGGACACGAGUACUCCCUGGAAGCCACCGCCACCACCRGACAGUACCAGGCAGCAGCACCCAGAAUCCGUGGGUGGACACGCCCGCUGCCCCCRGCCGCYGUGCGCUGGCUGAGCACAGGGCACCCYGACAGGCUGAGCGUGGCCUGGGRKYCCGCGGCCGGGGGCACRGAUGGCUACGCACUGACCCUGUACCACGCACGRCUGGGCACCGUGGCGGCCACAGCCUCUCUUGGGAGGGACACCCACAACUUCACCUUCACGGGGCUGGCCCCAGGGAGCAAAUAUCUGCUGGAGGUGGCAUCUGUGGCUGGGCCCUUCAGGACACCUGCRGGGAACAUCAGCAACUGGACGUACCCCUUGGCACCCCGCAACGUGUACAUGACGAACCAGGGCUAUCCCAACAGGCUGAGYGCGUCCUGGCGAGCUGAGCCCCAAGGACAGGAUGGUUACAGGCUCCUCCUGUACCAUUCGGGGUCCGGUACCGUGGCAGCMAACGUCUCUGUGGGGAAAGGCACCAGCAAAUUCACCUUUUCUGGCCUGGCUCCAGGACACAGAUACCUGCUGGAAGUGAUGUCUGUGGCAGGGCCCUAUGCAGCCUCCUCAGGGAACAUCAGUGACUGGACAACCCCCUCAGUUCCCCAGAAUCUCUCAGCGGUGGCUGAGGGGAACAGCACGAUGCUGAUCUCCUGGGGCAGUGUCUCUGGACAGCAGGACGACUGCCAGCUGUGGCUGCGGGAUCCCCGGAACAGCUCACUGCCCUGGCGGCACUCCCUGGGCAGGGGACAGGUCCAGCAGCUGCUCCAGGGGCUGAUCCCGGGCAGGAACUACUCCGUGUCCUUGAGCUGCGUGGCGGGGCCCUACUGGAGCAGCACCAAGCCCUUGRCGGUGCCCGUGGAGCCAAAUCCAGUGACAGAUGUGCAGUGCCUACCAGAGUCAAGGAGCCUUUACUUGAACUGGACAAGCUCUCCUGGAGAUGUGGAGGCUUACGAGGUGGUGGCAGAGAGACUCUCUGAAGGAAAUCCCACCCCCAAGAAUGUCCUGAGCAUCCCUUCGAGCGAGGCCAGUCUGGAGGGGCUGGAGCCCAACUCCUCCUACCAGAUCGUUGUGAGCACUGUGGGCAUGAACGCRCUGAGGAGCCAGGCUGUGACCCUGCUCUGCAGCACGGCAGUGGAGCCGCUGCCCCCACCCCUGCGUGCAGACGCCUUCCCGGUGGAGGCCAGCUCCACGGUGGUCAUUUCACCCGACCUGUUCAGCGAGGAGAACGGCCAGAUCGAGUACUACGGUGUCAUUGCUACCACCAACGACUCAYUGCUGAGGCCCACCCAGGAGACCAUGUCCAGCACAUGGUAUGACCACUACUACGGRACCGAGGACUCGUACCUGGCAGUGCUCAUACCCAACCCCUUCCACCAGAGGAGCUCCCCCGACACCUGGCGAGUGCCCGUGGGGACAGAGGAGUGCGGCCAGUCCAGAACAACGUGCAACGGGAAGCUGAAAGCCAACGAGCAGUACAGGUUCAGCAUUGCUGCCUUCACCAAAUAUGACCCAGUGGCCCCUGCUGUGACAUUCACCAUGUUCUCAGCUGCUGGAUCCGGUGCAGACACAACUCCGCUCUCAAUGCCAAUAAUCGCUGGAAUUGUUGUGGGGUUUCUUCUGACACUUGCAGCUAUUUUUGCUUUGGUUUACUGGAAACAGCUCAGAGCCAAGAGAACCAAGAAGAGCAGCCUGCCCCAGGAAAUGGUGACCUACAGCCUGAGAAAUGUCCACCGGCCAGUUCCCCUACAGAGCUUCAAGCAGUACUAUGAGAUGAAGACAGCAAAUGCUAACCACGCUUUUUUCCAGGAGUUUGAGGAGCUGAAGGAAGUGGGGAAGGAGCAGUCGAAGGUGGAGGCUGAGCUCCCAGCCAAUGCCUCCAAGAACAGAUAUCCCCACGUGCUGCCCUACGAUCACUCUCGGGUCAAGCUAAGCCAGCAGGGGGAUGAUCCACACUCAGACUACAUCAAYGCCAACUUCAUGCCUGGCUACACAUCCCAGCAAGAGUUCAUCGCCACCCAGGGGCCCCUGAAGAAAACCAUAGAGGACUUUUGGAGGCUGGUGUGGGAGCAGAACGUGUGCAACAUCAUCAUGCUGACAGUGUGCAUGGAGAACGGGCGGGUGCUGUGUGACCAUUACUGGCCGUCGGAAUCUGCCCCGAUCUCCUACGGACAGGUGCGUGUCCAGCUGCUGACGCAGAGCAGUGCUGAGGAGUGGACCACGCGGGAGUUCAAGCUGUGGCAUGAGGGUCAGCGGGCGGAGCGCUUCGUGUCCCACCUCCACUACACCUCAUGGCCCGACCACGGCAUCCCCGAGUCCACCUCAUCCAUCAUGGCCUUCCGAGAGCUGGUCAGGGAGCACAUCCAGAGCACCAAGGACACGGGGCCAACCCUCGUGCACUGCAGUGCCGGCGUGGGUCGCAGCGGCACCUUCAUCGCCCUGGACCGGCUGCUGCAGCAGAUGAAGCAGGAGAAGGCAGUGGACAUCUUCGGCGUUGUGUACGCCCUCAGGAUGAACCGGUACCUGAUGAUUCAGACGCUGUCCCAGUACAUUUUCCUGCACAGCUGCAUUCUGGACAAGAUCCUGGAGGAGCCUUUGCUGGGUUUAGCAGGGACAGAGAGGUCCUGCCCCAUCCCGCUGAAGAGCUUUGCCCAGCACUACGCCCAGAAGGCAGCCAAGGCACAUAUGGGCUUCCUGAGGGAGUACGAGGCCCUCCUGGAAGCUGUCAAGGAAGAAGCCAGCUCUGCAUCACCAUCUUCAGGCAGCCAGCAGACACGGCCCUCUUCCAGCAUCCUGCCAUAUGAUCGCUCCAGAGUGAAGUUCUCCCUGCUGGAGCAGGGCCCAUUCUCAGGACUGCUGCAAUCGUGGCGUAUCCCGGGCUGCAGCUCCAGCAGGGACUAUCUGGCCAUCCAUGGCCCUGACAAGCUGACCAUGGAGGACUUCUGGACCCUGGUGUGGGAACAGGAUGUCCACACGAUCCUGACACUUCUCCCAUGGCAGGAGAAGGGGGAGGUGCCAGGUGAGGUGUGCUGGCCCCUGGAAGGAGACUCGCUCUGCACGAAGACACUGACCAUCCAGUGUGACACAGARAAGCUUGUCUCGGGAUGGAGAUGUACCCAGCUCAGACUGAAACACGAGAAGAAGGCGAAGGAGAGGCAGGUGCAGCGGUUCCUGUACACGCUGUGGAGCAGCAAGCAGCAGCCCGAUGUGCAGGGUCUGAUGGAGCUGCUCACGACUGUCCGGCGGUGCACACCCCACCGCAGGAGGGUGGGCCCUCUGCUGCUGCACUGCAGUGGUGGUGUGAGCCAGAUAGGGACAUUGAUCUCCCUGGAUUGCCUGCUGCACCAGAUGAAAGCUGAGAGGACUGUGGACAUCUACGGCGUGACCCUGCAGCUGGCCAGAUGCUGCUGCCUCAUGACCCCGACCCUGGACCAGUACAUGCUCCUGUACUCCUGCAUCCRGGACAUCAUUGCUCGGGACCAGCCCUAACAGAGCCAGCUCAGAACCAGCCUGGCYCUUCCUGGCACCCCUCUGCGGGUCCUGGAUGGAGCUGGGAGCUGGUGAGAGCCCCGUGGGACUCUUGGAACAGAGCGAGCCCAGCACUGUCCCCAGCGUGGUGUGAGCUGUAACACAGACAGCGGACAGCCGGACAGUGCCCUGACACUCAGUAAGGGGCUGGGCAGGAUGCUCUCUUCCUUUGGCCAUCUCCUGGGAUUCCUGGUGCCUGGAAGGUUCUCUAGCCCCACUCACAGUGCACUGUGGGGCUCUGUGGGGCCCCCGAGGCGCAGCAUGAGCACGGAGCACCGCGAUCUCCACGUGCCAUGGGCACCGGCGUGAGGAGGCCCCAGACAUGCCCUGGACUGUGGGAGCUGGCUCRUCUGGGUUGGUGGAACGGCCCUAGGUACAAACAAUAAACAGCUCUUGUAAAGUGURUGCUAAGAGAGGC